AUGCCUCAUGCUUACGACUCUAUCCCGCCAAAUCUCCAGCAAUGGGCGCUGGAGCAGCCCAUGUUUUGUACGGCAUCGGCUCCGUUGCGAGGCCGACAUGUCAACCUGUCCCCCAAGGGUGUUCCCUCGACAACCUUUGCCAUCCUCGACGAGAACCAUUGCGCAUAUCUUGACUUCGCAGCCUCUGGGGCUGAGACAAUCUCUCACAUUUAUGAGAAUGGCCGUGUCACGGUCAUGUUUUGCAGCUUUGGGCCAAAGCCGCGAAUCUUGCGCUUCUACUGCACCGGGAGCGUGAUUGAAUACAAUGACCCUGAGUUUCAUCCCAUGAUCAAGCGAAUGGGCUUGGAGUACAUCACAGGCGUUAGAGCUGUCGUCCUGCUCGACGUCUGGAAGGUGCUGCCCACGCUUGACAAGGAGGCCCAUCAGCAACACACUAUCGAGAAUGCCGACCAAGAGAUACAAAAGACUGGCCAACUCACCAAGCCACCUUGCAAGUGCUACCAGGACCGACACAUGCUUGAGCAGUGGCUAGAGAACAAAACUAACAAGAAAGCCUUGGACGGCUAUCUCGCCAUUUGGAAUUCUCGGAGCGUAGACGGACUACCGGCUCUAAAGGCGGCACGAACCAUUAAUGGAGAGUGGCUUUUGGUCGGAGACGUACCGCCAUAG